AUGGCUUUGUGGUUCUUGUAGUUUUAAUUUGGGUUUUUUUUUGACUUUUAUCUUAAUAUUUGUAUUUAAUAUUUACCUUUAUUUGUAUUUAGUAUUUCAUAAUAACAUCAAUAUUCGCAUCAUUUAAAUCUUAGUGUUUAUAAAACUCUCUAACUUUUUAUAAAAAUGGGUUUAUUUUCCUCCAAAAAAGAUAAAGAAUCGAGAAAAGAUAAAGAUAAAGACAAAGAUAAAGAUAAGAAACAUCGAAAGAGAUCAUCAACUUUAGGACCAAUACCACUAACAAGAAGAUCCCAUUCAUUAAUCACAAAUGAUAACCGAAACAAUAGUAUCAUCAAUUCUUCAAAAAACACUCACAGAAAUGACAGAGUAUCCAAUUCAAAUAAAACUUCUUCUCCUUAUACUCUAAAUAAAAGAUCAAAUUCUUUACCAAUAACAACCAAAUCCAAUUUAGGAAAAUCGUUGGACAUCUCAAGAGAUUCCUCGAUUUUAAAGCCAAAUAAAACAAUUCCUAAAAAUUAUGGCCUACCUUCAAUUGAUUCAUACCAUCAAAAGCCUCCCAAAUUAUCAAUAAAUUCCAUUGUUGAAAUGAAUACAAAGAGUAAAUUCAAAAGUGAUACUAAUCACAACAGUGUUCUAAAUUUAAGCAAUGCUAAUCCCAAUAAUAACGGUAGCGAUAAUAAUAAUCCAUCAGGAAUACUACCCUUGCCAUUGAAAGAUCCAAAUGAGUUUUUGCCAACAAAUUUAUUACAGGAAUAUCAGUCUUUAAAUGAUAUAUAUAUUUUUCCAAACAACAAUUUCAACGACUCAAAAAACUUGGGCAGUGGAUCAAGUGCUGUAAUCAAAUUGGUUCUCAAUAAAAAAAAUCGAAAUGUAAAAUAUGCCUUGAAAAUAUUAAAAUUGUUUAAAAGUGAAUAUAAUACUCCACUAACAUUUUAUAAACGAAUCUCAAAGGAAUUCAUCAUAAGUAAAAUCGUAUCGAAUAAUAAGCAUGUCAUUACAACUGCAAACUUAUUAAAGAUACCAACAACUACACAAUUUUCAAGAAGUUGGGGAUUGACUUUGGAAUUUUGCUCAAAUGGAGAUUUAUUCGGAUUAAUCAUCCAAAGAGGCUUUAAAAAUGUGAAAAUCGAAUUAAAGUAUUGUUUGUUUAAACAGAUUACGUUGGGGUUGAAGUUUUUGCAUAAUAUGGAUAUAAUUCAUCGAGAUUUAAAACCAGAAAAUGUCUUAAUUAAUGAGCAUGGAAUUUGCAAAAUUACAGAUUUCGGAGUGAGUGAUUUUGGACAUGAAAUAAUUGGGAACUUGGAAUCACCCAUAAAGAAGUACAAAACGUUUUUAGGAUCACCCCCAUAUGUUCCACCAGAAGUGUUUAAAUUUUCUAAAAAACUUUCAUCAAAAGAGAUUGCAAAUACAAAAGGAUAUGAUGGAUUUAAGAUGGAUUGUUGGUCGUUGGGAAUGAUUUUAUUUGCGAUAAUUUAUCAAAACACUCCGUUUAUUGACCCAUGUACUGAAGAUCCCAAUUAUAAAAAAUAUUUCAACUUUAUUAUGAAUUAUCAAACAAAUUUAACAAAUUAUAGUAACGGAAAUAUUAGUAAUGGUAAUAGUAAUAGUAAUAGCAGCAGCAGCGGCAAUAUGAAAAGUUUAACUUAUGAUAAUUUCAAAUGGGUGAAUGGGUUUAAGAAUAAUAAUGUUAAGAAAAUAGCAUUGGGGUUGGUUAAUCCAAUUGAAGAAAAACGAAUUGGACUUGAUGAUAUAUUUAAGGAUGAAUGGUUCAAGAAGGUCGAGAUGUGUAUGGAUGAAAAAGACGAAGAAUAUGAUUUAAAAUAUUAUGAAAUUGAUGGGAAAAAUAGCAGAAACAAGUAUAUUGAUUAUAUACCAAUCAGAGAGUAUUUUGGUAAGAGUAGCAAUGAGAAAGAUGACAAGUUAAAGGACAAAAAUCCAAAUAGUGAUUCUACUGAAAUUGAUAUCAAAGAUAAUAAAAAUAAUGAGAAAAUGGAUACUGAUAAAGCUGGUAAAUUUUCGAUGAUUGAUGAUAUAGAAAAUGAGCAUAAACAAAACCGAAACAGUUUCAAUAAGAUGAAAAUUUCGAUUCCAGAUUAUAUAAAAGAGGAAGAUGAGAUUAAAAGUGUGUUGAGUAAAAUUAUCAGCAACGAUGUUGACCAUAAUAGACAUGUUUUAGAAGAUAUAUGUGCACAUGAAGAUAAACACAAUUGCAAGGUUGAGAGCAAAGAAGAGAGCAAGACUGGUAGCAAUGAGAAUGGUAAUUUCAGUGAUAUGAAUGAUAUUAUCAGCUUGAAAGACAGCACUGAACUUAACAAUAGUAGCGACAAUAGUGAGGAUAAUAGUGAUAAGGAAGGAGGCUCGUCACCUAGUACAAUUUCGUCCGUAUUAGAUUUUCAAGUGAAAUCGAAGAUCGAUGUCAAGAUGAAGAUGGGUAAAGAGUUUGACCAGGACCCUGGAAAGCUAAACGAUGAGAGCCACAUGAAGUCAAUGAUUCCAAAUGAUAUCUUGAGCAAAGCACCAGCUCACAAAAGCCAGACAAGUCUUCAAAAUGGGUCACAUUUGUUUUACAAACAGAACUCGAAUCAUAACUAUGAACCCACCAGCAAUAACAAAUACGGACACAAAUACAACUACAAUUACAGCUCCAAUUAUGCCUAUAGCUACCACCAUAAGCAGAGCUCAACAAGCUACAUGGAUAGCAAUGGUAAUGUGAACAGCGAGGAGAGCUCGUCAGAGGAAUCGUUGUACUUCAAGGGUCGCACCAGGAAGCACUUGCACAACGACAUUGUGAAUAUCCCAACAAUUGGGCUAGGAGGUUCAAUACAUCACAACGGAUUUCGAAUUAGGUAGAUCAUCAAGAUAGAGCUGCGGAUAGCCAAUAAUAAAAGUAGCAGUAAAUUGAAUUCGGAGAAAGCCAGAUAUAUGGGUGACAGUAUCAGCCGCAGGUGUCAGACCUAUGUGGCAUGAAGACACAUGACACGUGCACAUUGCCAAGAGAACGUGACAGAUCUGCUGACUCAGCGGCUUCUUAU